AUGCUCAACUAUAGGGUGAUACAAACCAUUAACGGGUUACCGAAAAUCUUUGUUGUAAGUCCUUUUUAAUUUCAUUUUCUGAAAAAACAUCAGCUUUAACCUCAACAAUUAUUAUUUUCAGAGAAUGGCAUCAGAAAACGGCACAAAAAAACCGGUUCGAUCCAAAUAUUUCGAUUUGAACGAAUUUCUCAAAAAAGUCAGUGUCACUUAUAAAGCGGGUAAAACAUUGGAGAAAUCAAAUACAGUGAUGGCGGGAUAUAUUGAAAUUGGAGAUGUGAAAACUUCGAGGGCUACUGUAGUUGGAUUACCUGGAUCGCCUGGAUCACAUAAUGAUUUCAAGUAUAUGAAGGAGUUUUUCGAGCAGAAGAAUAUUCGGUUGGUUUGUUUCAAUUGGCCUGGUUCCGAAUUUACUCCAGGUAUUUUUUAAUGUUUUUGGAGAAGAGAAACUAGAUUUAAAAAUUUUUUUAUUACCUAUUGAAACCAAACGAAGCUCCAAAAUUUUGAAAAUCAGAACAAACGCAUGGAUCAAAUUUAUUGAUUUUUUGAAGGCUCAAAGGUCAAAAUCUGUAAUUUUUUUAGGUGGAAUCGAAAACGGCUACUACAAUCACGAACGAAACUCAUAUGCAAAAGCAGUUUUAGAAAAAUUAGAUGUCAAAAAUUGCAAUAGAAUUAUAGUCUGCGGACAUUCACGUGGCGGAGAAAACGCUUUACAAUUAGCAAAUAUUUUAGCAGUAAGUGGAGUUAUUCUAUUAACUUUCCUAGAAAUCAAUCUGAAAUUUCAGGCAGACAAUUGGCCAGUGAUUGGAGCAGCAUUGCUCAAUUCACCCGGUUUUGAAAGUCAUCAAGGAAUUCGAAAACGAAUGGGUGUUAUUGAAUUUCUUGGAAAUCUCAUCAAACUCAACAGCAGACUAAUCAAUUAUUUUCUUCAUCCUCUAUUAGAUUACUGUAAGUUUUUGAGGCUCCCACUAGAACAAAAUGAUCUUUCAGUUUACAAUAAAAUUGUUGGAUUACGAGUGGCGAAUGGUGCAGUCGCCGCGGCUGCAAUUUUACCUCUACGAACUUUUGCAUUUGAUGAACAAGCUAAAAGUAUUGAUGAGGUUCGAACUUAUCCCAAUGUCAAGACGUUUUAUGGAUUUGGUGCGAAAGAUUUUCUGAUUGAGACACAUAUUUCGGACGAGUUUGCUGCAGCGUUUAUUGGCAGUGAUCAUUAUGUAAGUGUUUAGGGAAGGGAAUGUCUGAUCCGGACUAUUUCGGGUCCCGAUAUCUUAAAAAAAGAUUAUCUGAAAAUUAGAAAAAUUAAAACUUAAAAAGAAUUCUCCAGGACCUUUUUCAAAAGCUUCAAUUUUCAUCAAAUAGUUCAUUUCCAGAUUAUCCACGAUAAAACCGAAUCCGCCGCAACUAUCCCAAAAGCCAAACAAAGCUACCUGUCUGGAAAACAAUUUGUAACUGCAAAUUUCACCGAAGAAGGCCAUUAUCUUCAAAAAACUUAUCCCGAAUUCAUCAUUGAGAUAAUCGAUGCAAUGGUUCAAGUCGAUGAACAAAAACAACAACAGGAAUCUACUUAA